AUGAAUCACGUUCCUCGACUAUCUGAGGCGGUAUAUUUUGGUCUGAGCAAAUUAAUAGGGACUCCUACUCAAUUGAGGAUUAGGAGGGAAGUUAAAGGCAUAGAGCAGGAAACGCGGUUGGGACUUUAUACCAAAGGAGUUUAUCCUAUGUACGGAAUGCUGACAGGUAGUAGAGGAGAGGGAUUCCGAGCAAGUUUUGCAGAUCAAGAUGUAAUGUUUUGGCCUCAUAAUCACAACGUAAUAUGUGAACUUUCUCAGAUAAGCCGUUACUGCAUCCCACAGGACACUGUAAUUCUGAUGGAAUGUGAAGACUUAAAACCAGGAUUUACCAAACUAAAUCUAUUAAGUCCAACACAAUUUUCUGCAGUUGGAUCCUCUUGUAUAGUAAUCAGCAACAAAGUUUACAUUUCUACACUAAUUCGCGAUUUGAUUGUGCUAGCCGUAAAUAUGGGAUCUAACAGUCCUCAUUGGUUCCUUCAUGGACCGUGUUGUUCGAAUGUUCUACGUCUUGGUGACCUUAGUGUGUACAUGGACUUUGCAUUCUCAUUCCACUCACAUCAUUGGCCGACAAUAUCUCUGCCAUGGAUACAAAGAUGUCGUACACAAGGUUGGCCAUCUGAGGAUGUUGUAUCGGAUAUAUUAAACGGAGGAUUCCACGUUGUUCCUAUCGGCAGUACACCUGAAAAUGAACUCGAAUGGAGAAUCUCAUUCUCUCAGGCAGAACUAAAGCUUGUUUUUGCGAUGAAUCACUCCUAUGGAGAUUUACCAUAUUUUAUCUGUUGA